UAGUGUGGGAUUGCARACUGAGUGCAAGCCCUGGCAGCCCCUGGGUCAAAAGGCUGACAAAGCCCUGGAUGGCCGAGAAACAGCUACUGAGACAGCAAUGGCGUGGUGGAAGGCCUGGAGUGAAGAGGAGGGCAGGUCUGUGACAGGUGUUUUGAGGUUUGACCCCAAGCCUGAUGCUGAGACUCUGUACAAAGCCAUGAAAGGACUUGGGACUGAUGAGCAAGCUAUAAUUGAUGUCCUAACCAAGAGGAGCAAUAUGCAGCGUCAAGAGAUUGCCAAAUCCUUCAAGGCUCAGUUUGGAAAGGAUCUGAUCGAAAGCUUGAAGUCGGAGCUGAGUGGUGAUUUUGAGAGGCUCAUUGUAGCUCUCAUGUAUUCCCCUUUCAAGUAUGAUGCCAAGGAGCUUCAUGAUGCCAUGAGGGGUCUAGGAACAAGCGAAGAUACCAUCAUAGAGAUCCUGGCAUCACGGACAAAAGCGCAGAUCAGAGAGAUAAUCAAGGCUUACAAAGAAGAAUACAAUUCUGAUCUGGAAGAAGACAUAAAAUCAGAAACAAGUGGCUAUUUUGAACAGAUUCUAGUUUGCCUUCUUCAGGGUGAGAGGGACAAUGCUACUCUCUAUGUGGACACUGCGCUGGCUCUCCAGGAUGCAGAGGCUCUGUAUUCUGCUGGAGAGAAGAUAAAGGGCACAAAUGAGAUACCGUUCAUCACCAUCCUGUGCACCAGGAGUGCUACACACUUGCUGAAAGUGUUUGAAGAAUACCAGAAACUUGCUGGUAAGAGCAUAGAAGACACUAUCAAGAGUGAAACUCGGGGUUCACUGGAGGAUGCCAUGCUGGCUAUUGUGAAGUGCACCAGGAACAUCCGCUGCUACUUUGCAGAGAGGUUGUACAAUGCUUUAAAGGGGGCUGGCACUGAUGAUGGGACUCUUAUAAGGGUGAUUGUUUCCCGCAGUGAAGUUGAUUUAAACCUUAUAAAGGUUGAGUUCAAGAAGAUUGCAGGACAGUCCCUUUCCAGCAUGAUUCUGGAUGACACAAGUGGUGAUUACAAGACAGCCUUGCUGACUCUCUGUGGCAGUGAUGAUUGACAAAAAUUGAAGAGGAAGAUAUUGAAAGGAAUACAGAGCAAAUUACCUACAAAUAAGUAUUUGAAAAUGUACAUUUAGAAAAUCCUUCCAUCAAGCCAAGUGGAAAACAAGAUC